CCUAAAAAUUGGCUCGACAGGAAGGGCUAUUAAAAAUGAAGCCCAAAACUUUUAACGACUUUUCAUUUAUGCAAAAAUCCCAGGCCGGAGUCAAUAAAAUAAAUAAUUAUAAUAAAUAGAACACAGAGAAAGUGGGUCCAUAAGCCCACAAUUCCGGGAAAGGAUUACUUUGUCGCGUCUUGCGUUUCUUACUAGAAAAUCCUUUUCGCGCUCAGCUUCCUGACCGACACAAAAAAGUUGCCCAUUCUUCACGUCUUUGAGGUUUUUGUGUUUUUUUGCUUCUGCCAGGCUGCAAACAAAGUAAAAGUUACAGCGAAAGUUAUUGUGCAACGUGAAGCAAGUGUGGCAAAAAAGAAUAAAACGAAUGCAACGGCAAGUUUAAUUCGAUUUUAGUGCGUAACAAUCAGUGUGAAAAAACAGUGAGGAAGAAGUCUUACCUGUCUGCGAGCAGGUGCUAUUUGUGUGUGCGUUUUCUGUGGAAACAGCAGGAGAAUUGUUAAAGUGGAUUAGUAGACAGCUCCCUCUCUUCCGCACUGCUCUUGGAUUUUUUAUUGGAUGAGCGUGUCAAAUCUUUCAACUUCUGCUUGCCCAUGAAAUCAUGAUUACGAGAAAAUGCAGAUAAAAAUGUCGGCGAACAUUCACUGGAAGUCUCAGCAAAUUUGGGCAGCUUUGUUUGUGACCACUCUAUGCCUAUUGGAUGUACGGGCCGCCUGGGCGAAGAAGCUAAAUGCGAGUCAAGCAUUCGACGACACAUGGAACACAGCGUCCGAUUUAGAAAAUGAACUGGAACAACAGAAGCGAGCGAAGGGUCAGAGUUCGGGAGGAGGCGGAGGCGGCGGAGGAGGCGGUGGUCCCGGCCAGUGGUCAAGCUGGUCGGACUGGUCGACCUGCUCGCGCACCUGCGACGGGGGCAUCAUGCAACAGAUGCGUAGGUGCGGCAGCCCGGGCAGUUGCCGCGGCGAGAGCGCCCGCUAUCGCAUCUGCAACAUGCAGCCGUGUCCGGAGCAACAGGACUUCCGCUCCAGCCAAUGUGCCGCCUACAACGAUGUCCCCUACGACGGCACCCUGUACAAGUGGACUCCGCACUACGAUUACGUCGAGCCCUGUGCGCUCACAUGCAGGGGACAUCCGGCGCAUCUCCUCGAAGACAUUUCCCGGGAGACGGGAGGAGGGAACGCCGAGGAGGCGGAGCACUACGACGAGCAGAGCGUCAUUGUGCAACUGUCGGCGAGGGUCCAAGAUGGAACCCGUUGUCGCUCCGGCAGCCUGGAUAUGUGCAUCCAAGGAAAAUGUCAGCGCGUUGGCUGCGAUUUGAAAAUCGGCUCGACGAAGAAAAUCGACGGAUGCGGCGUGUGCGGCGGCGAUGGAAACUCGUGCUCCCAACCGCUCUAUUACUGGGAGAUGGCACCGAUGUCGCAGUGCUCUGCCACCUGCGGCAGUGGUUACAAAAUGUCUCGUCCUAUAUGCAGGAAUCGUCUAACCAACGCCGAUGUGGAUGAUACGCUCUGCAGCCUUACUAAUCGCCCGGAGGCGUCGGUGGAGCAAUGUAAUACACACAGCUGUCCUCCGCGCUGGAUAACCGACGAUUGGAGCACUUGCAGCCGACUUUGUGGCCACGGCUACCGUGAGCGGAUGGUUGUCUGUGCCGAGGAGUCGAACGCCAUCAAAACGAGGGUUGCCGAUAUCAUGUGCCGCACACCCAAGCCGCCAACACAAGAGACCUGCAUUAUCGAGGAGUGUCCGCAUUGGGAGGUCGAGGACUGGACCGGCUGCUCGGUUUCCUGCGGACAGGGAAUACAAAUGCGGGGCGUCGAAUGCAAAUCGACGGACGGCAGCCUGAGUGCCAAGUGUGAUCCGCUCACCAAGCCGGGCAGCAUGCAGCAGUGCUCCACUGGAAUCCACUGCGGUGGCGGCGGAGGAGGCGGAGGUGGAGGCGGAGGAGGAGGUGGGUCCUCAAACAAGGGUGGUGGCACCAUCAUCGUGGGCAGCAGCCGGUCGCUGAACGAGCGAUCGGAGCGGCAGAUGGACAGCUCGGAUGUGGAUGACGACGACGAUGAAGAGGAUGACGAGGCCGAGGACAUCGAUGACCUGGAAUCGGGCCAGGAUACGGAUGACGGCGAGGGCCCGUCCUAUGCCGAUCAACCCCUGCGCUACUCCCAUCGUACGCAGAGCCGCCUGCAGCAGGAAGCCCCAGAUGAGCCGCGCACCAUGCACCUGAUGAGCGGAAAUUCGAAUAAUAAUUACAAUCGGGGAGGCGGGAGAGCGGAUGGACCCUCAUUGGACCCCACUUACAUUAAGGACACUGAGUGGUCACCGUGUAGCGUUACCUGCGGCGAGGGAAUCCGCCGACGGGCCUACAACUGCAAGAUUUUCCUGGAAUACUCCCGAACGGUGGCCACGGUGAACGACUCGCUAUGCGAGGGCAAGAAACCGCAUGACGAGGUGGACCGAUGUGCGGAGGAGCCUUGCAUGCUGCCCUCGCACAGCUUCGACGAGCAGUUCCCCAGGGACUCCAUCAAAGUGGGUGUUUCGGAGCCGGGAAAGACGUACGUGUGGCGGGAGCAGGGCUACACCUCCUGCAGUGCCUCCUGCCUCGGGGGCGUCGAGGAGCUGAUCAUCAAUUGCGUGCGGGAGGAUAAUGGCCGGGUGGUCUCGCCCUUCCUCUGCUCCCCGGAAACCAAGCCGGAGGCGCGGGUUCGCACCUGCAACGAUCGCCCCUGCCCGCCCAGGUGGAACUACUCGGACUACACGCCCUGCUCCAAGAGCUGCGGCAUUGGCAUCAAGACCCGCGAGGUGCAGUGCAUCCACGAGGUGACCCGCGGCGGCGACAACACCAUGGUGGUGCCGAACAGCAUGUGCCCCCAGCCGCCGCCAGCCGAUCGGCAGUACUGCAACGUUCUCGAUUGCCCCGUUCGCUGGGAGGUGGGCGAGUGGGCCAAGUGCUCGCACACCUGCGGCUACGGGUUCAAGGAUCGCAAGGUCGAGUGCAAGCAGAUCAUGGCCCAGGAGCACAAGAUCGAGCGACCCGAGUCGAUGUGCCCCAGUGCCAAGCCGGCGGACAAAAAGCCCUGCAACGUAAAGCCCUGCCCGCCGGAGGAUCCCAAGCCCGUCAUCCAGAUCAGCAACUCCACGCACAUCCAGCACGAUCCCAAGAAGACCAAGAUCACCCUGAAGGUGGGCGGCGCCGGGGUGGUCUUCUUCGGCACCCAGGUGAAGAUCAAGUGCCCUGUGAAGCGGUACAAUCGCACCAAGAUCAAGUGGAGCAAGGAUCACAAGCCGCUGCAGCGUUCGCGAAAGUUCAAGGUGUCCAAGAAGGGCGCCCUGCGUAUACUCGAUAUCACGUUCCGCGAUGCCGGAGUCUACUCCUGCCACGCCGGACUGAGCUCCGCGGAAAUCAGCAUCGAGGUGAAGGCCAAGCCGGGCCAGCAGGCCGAGGAGCUGGAGCGACAGGAGGCAGAUCGCUUGGUGCGUGAGCGAAGCGACACGGAGGCUCUCACUUCAGCGGACAUGACGUCGGCGGGAGGGACAGGCACUUCCGGUGGAGCUGGAACUGAUGGCCCCGCUAAUGGGUCGACGCAGCAGCAGGGAAAUCGUCGCAGGCAGCAGCAGUCGGAGCGUUUGCAGAACGGCAGGGAACGGAACCGGAGGCCCAAGUCGGACGGAGUUCAGCACGCGGACAGCAGCAUUAUGGAGGACGAUCAUUCGCAAUUAGUGCAAUCCGAGGACAGGGUUCCGCAGCCGGCGAGCGCCAGUAGCGGAAGUGGUCGCACCAGGACUCUGCUGGCCAUGCCGUACUUCCAGGCUCUGCUCAGCAACCUCCAGUUGCUAUGGCCGCUGCAGCGCUUCAAGGACUCGCGUGGUCAGCACAUCCUCCAAGGCGAGGCACUCAAGUACGGCGUCGAUUUGGAAGGCUCCCACUUCGAACAGGACGAGCCGGUCCGUGUGCCCGCCAAGGAGCUGCACACCGAGGCAGGACCCAUUCGCACCGAUUCGCCUGACUCGAACCAGGAAUCCAAGGGGGUCGAGGAGGAGGCGGAGGACAUCCCGCCGCACAUGCCGCAUGCUCGAUGGGAAACGGCAGCGGCAACCACGACAACGGCUGUUCCGAGCCUCGAGAGCAACGGCUUCGUCUACAAAUGGCUGCUGGGCGAGUGGUCCAAGUGCUCGCAGGAAUGCGGAGCAGCUGGCAGCGGUUUGCAGCGACGAACGGUGAGCUGCCAGAGGGCAAAGGCAAGAGGCGCGAGUGACGACACCGAAAACGAUGUCGUGGACGGCUCCGAGUGCUCCGCCCACGGCCUGGACCUGCCCGACCUGUUCCAGAGCUGCGGCAACGAGGCCUGUCCGCAGUGGAGCAAGGCGGAGUGGUCGCCCUGCCAGAGGUCCCGCUGCCACGGCAGGAACACGGCCGUGCAGCGCCGCGAGGUGACCUGUCGCUACGACAACGGCACCGUGGGAAGCGCCUGCGACGAGUACGAGCGACCGGCGAUGCGGCAGGAGUGCUACAACGAACGCUGCAAGGGCGUGUGGCGCGUGGAGCCCUGGUCAGAGUGCAAUGCGCCGUGCGGACGUCAGGGCAUCAAGUACCGCAUCCUGCAGUGCGUCUGGUACGGCAGUCGGCGUCCGGCGGGCAAUGUGUGCAAGCACCAGCCCCGCCCCGCCGUCAUGAAGGUCUGCAAAAGUCCGCCCUGCCAGGCCAAAAUGUCGUCCUCGACCGCCCUGCACUGUCGCGAUUCCUCGCGCUACUGCCGCAAUGCCCGCGCCAUGGGUCUGUGUCGACUGCACCGCUACAAGGAGAAGUGCUGCGGGUCCUGCCAGCAGCCCCAGCAGCAGCCCAAUCAAUACCUAUUCCAGUAACUCCGCUGCGGCCUACCAAAUGAGCGAGAAAUUUACGAAUUCUGCAAGCAAUUACUCUAAGUACCGUAAAUCUAACGAACUAUAGCAAGAUAUAAAGUUAAACUUAUCCAUAUGUAUGUAUUGCCAGCCACACUAACACGAAUUCAUUGUUAGUUAGAUACAUUUGUUUGAAUUAAAGAAGGCAGUAUAAUUUAAAAGACAUUUCCCGAACCCAUCAAGUGUGAAAAAUAAUUCAUGAUGUUUGGGUCUGAGGUAAGCCUAAAUACGGUUAGAUCUGUCAUAGGCAGUUUCUCUCUGGGCUAUCGACCGUCAAACAACACGGCCGUAAUGAUUAGUCCUGUGAACAGAUUAAUGGCAGUCGCUUUGCUUUAAGCAAUUAAAAACUCUACACAUUAAUGACUCUGAAUUACUACAAAUUUCAGCAGUGACUAUGUUACAUUCUUACAAAGUCUCAGUUUAUUCAA